GACACGACCCUUGCAAUCACACCAAUAAAGUGCACGCUAUAACUUAACUGGUAUCAUGGAAGACUCUCGUCCAAGCUCCCCAGAGGAACCACCACAGGACCUCUGGUCAUCUAUCCUCGACUCAGUCUCUUCCUCACGUUCAAUCCCUUCAAAGCAAGUUCUCCUCCUCGGAGAAUCUUCCUCGGGCAAAUCUACAAUUACAGCAGCACUUUUAAGGAAACCCGUUGCUGAAGAUAAGCAAGAGGGUUAUGACUUUGCUGUUGGGUAUGAUUGGGCAGAUGUGAGGGAUGAUGCGGAUGAGGAUACCCUGGCGCGACUAAGCGUAUACGCUGUUCCCAGCUCAGCCUCUGCACAUCUUGCCCUCCUUCCGCAUUUCGUACCUCCGCGAGCGGCACUACCGCACUCAGCGGUUAUGAUCGUACUGGACUGGACUAAACCUUGGACUUUCGUGUCACAGCUUCAGUCGUGGCUUGCUUGGGUCGAGGCAUGGGUAAAAGGGGAUGGUUCACGCGAUCUUGAUGUGUUACGGGAGGAAAAUAGGGAGAGAUUACAAUCAUAUAUACAACGGUAUACCGAACCUAUGUCGGAUACCCUACCUACGUCAUCUACUAUGGGCGAUACACUCCUUCCCCUUGGUCCUGGGACGUUAACGCACAAUACGUCUGGCGUACCGAUUAUUGUGGUGUGUGCAAAAGCAGACUUGAUUGACGACCAGGCAGAUCCUCUUGUGGGCGGCUCUGCUGGGAUGGGUGGUAUGGUGAAAGGGAAGGGAAGUGAGUGGGAAGAACAGACAGAUGGGAUUAUGCAGGUGUUGCGGGUGAUAUGUUUGAAGUAUGGUGCUGCUUUGUUCUAUACCACCCAAACGCCUCAAACACUACACAACCUCCGACAAUACUCACUACACAUGCUCUUCGUACCCGCAGCGCCGUCACCAGGACUCGCAACAGAGUCCGCCGCACACUAUCGGAAUCCAUUCCCGUUCACAGAAAAGCCUAAUAUACUGGAUCGUGACAGGAUCCUCGUACCUAUUGGUUGGGACAGCUGGGGAAAGAUCGCGGUUCUUAGAGAUGGGUUUGAUGCCAAGAUGUGGGGAGAAGCGUGGGAUAAUGACUUGCAGUCCGAUGUUGACGCUGAGGGUAAGGGUGCGGAGCGUGGGGCACGGUCUCUAUACUCUGACCUUGUACCGGAUCGAGGUAUCAAGCCUCAUCCACUUCCGCCGUUCAACGAGCCUAUGCCGGAACAAGCCUUCCUUGCGAAGAACUAUGACGAGAAUGCGAAGAAGGGUGAUCGGGAUCCGCGAGCGGCAUUCCGGAAUCAGAACGAGAUGCCUGGACAGAUCGCUGCGGGUAUUGUGGGUCCGAUGGGUAGUAGUUCGUUUAACCUGCCGAAUGUUGAGAAGGCACUUACGGAGAUGGAGGGUGGGUUCGCUACUGCGGGUGCUGGUGUUGGUGCUGGUGGGGAUAGGAAAGUAGGAGGAGGAAGGAGGGAUGUGCCUGCACGGGCGUCAAGCGGACUGGCUAACUCCACUCUGGGCCAGUCGACGUCCAGCCGACCAUUAGGUGGGCCAAGUCCACCACCUGGACAAAGUCAACACGAAGUUCUGCAGAACUUCUUCCAGAGCUUGCUGAGCUCACGAGGGGACCGUGGUACUGCCGCGCCUUCCGCUCCUCGAGCAGGAGCUGCCCCUACGAAUGGUCAGAACGGCCAAAGCACACAAGGGCAGAAUGGGACGGGCUCAGAGACGGGAGAGUUGAAUGGCUCAGGGAGUGGUACAGAAUAAUAAUGAGCGGUGUUCUUUUCUUUUACUUUUCUUCCUUUUCGGAUACCAAUGUAGUGUUCAUUACCCUUUUGUGAUAAUAU